AUGCCGCCAAAGAAUCCUAAGACAGAAGAUGAAAACGAGCUGGAGGACGUCGAGAAGCUCUUCGACCAGACCAAAGGUCAGCUGCUGGAGCUAAGAGAGAAAAUGGCCGAGGCGAGAAAACGCCGAGAGGGAAGACUCGAGGAAAAGCGCCAGGAGGAGGAAAACCUGGCGGAGGCCAUACGGCGUUCCCGGCGCGAGGUGCCUGGGGCGUCCAGCUCCGGAGACUUUUCCUCUUCGUCGCGAGGACCCCUGGAAAGAGCACGAGAGCCAAAGGCCGGAGCAAAGAAGGAAGAAAAGAAAGAGGAAAGGAAGCUAGAGAAGAAAGAAGAAAAGAAGAUGGAGAAGAAGGAGGAAAAGACCAAGGAGGCGCGGCCAGAGCGAGCUAGAACGCCGCCAGGCCAAAGGCGGGAGCACCCCAGCACGGAGUCCGCUUCCGAAGCUGCAGCCGCCACUCCGAAGGCCAAAGAAGAGAAGAAGAAAGACGAGGCAGGCCAGGAGGAGGAGAACAAGAGAGUCCUGGCCACCACGGCUCCAAAGUGGAAGGCCGAACGAGAAACCGGAGGAGGCAAGCCUACAAUGCUUCCAGGGCCGAAGCUCUUUUGGAGCCCGGCUUUGUGGGCAGGAAUGCGCUUUGGGGAGCGCGUGGCUCACCAGGAGGCCGUUCGGGACAAGAAGCCCAAGGGCACUGUAGGUGAGGCCCUGCUCACGAAGCAAGGCGAG